AUGCCUCGUCCGUUCUUCGGCAAUUAUCGAACGACUUCAUCAACAAUUCCCAUAAAUUCCUCAAUUCUUCAUUCCCAACGAGAUUCUGCACUCCAAGCCGAUGCCCUUAAAGCGGCCGUUUUCAAGGCAGCUUCGGAUAAAACGUCCUCCUCGCCGCAACGUUUCAUCUCUGUCCCAAUCUCCUCUCCGUGGCACAAAACGCAAAAUGGAGCACCAACUGCUGCACAAGGAGCACAUCGAGUUGUUUCGCCACAGGAUAUCUGCCAUCUUAACCCCGAGUCGAUGCGUGGGAAUUUCCGUUUUAACAUCGACGUCAGCAGUGAGGCACCUUUGUCGAUAACUAGGCGU